AUGACAACAAGUAGAAUACCAUCGGAUUAUUAUGCAUCUGAUGAAUUCACACCUGCAAAUAAUAGACAUGGUGUAGUUACAAAUAAAACAAGAAAAGGAAGUUAUAAUCUUGUUGAAAAAGAUUAUGGUGAUCAUAAAGUUAUUUAUCAUGUUCCAGUUGAAUAUGGUGAUGAUUAUGAUAUAUCACAACUCGAAGAUAUGCCAACUGUUGCAGAAGAAGAUGAAGAACAACGACCACAACAACUUCAAUCUAAUGCACCAAAAUUAAUUCACCGUCGAAUCUAUCACCAAUAUGGUGAUUUAGAUGAUAAUGAUAAUGAUGAUGACGAUGAUGAAUAUGUGGAAGAACAAGUAAUUGUAAGACCUCGUAGACGUACUUAUGCUUCACCUAGACGACAAAGAAAUAUACGCAUUGUUGAUCGAAUUUAUGAAGCACAACAACCGACUGAAAAAAUUGAAUACAUUAUUGAUAAUGAUUAUUCAGAUAAUUAUGAUAAUAGACCAGAAAGUCAAGAAGAAGUUGAAUACGUUGUCAGACAACGUGUUCCGAAGGAAGGAUAUAUGGAAGAAUCCCAACCUAUUCAACGUAUAGUCUAUACCCAAGACCCUUCUAUACCUCUUUCAUCUGCAAAAGCAUCAGCAAUAGCCCCAUUUCGUUCACCUGUUUCUUAUUCACCUGGUCGAUCUUCCUAUCAAUCAUCUCCUCGUCCAAUGGCGACUCAAAAAUCGCCUACAUUACUACCUCCUGCUAAAUUCAAUCCUCACAAUGAAAUAUCUCCAUUAUCAUCGCCUAGAAAACAACAAACUGCUCGAUCGCCACUCAUACCUGACUCAUUAAGUAGACCGAAUGUUUCAAAAUCUACUGAACCACCUUUACGUUUGAUGGAUAUUAUCGCACAAAAUCGAGCGAAACGAGGUUCACGUAUCCCGAAACCAAGACGUGAAAUCGACGAAGAAAAAGUUUAUGAUCCGCCAACAUACAAUAGAAAUAUUAUUAAAAACGGUUUUAUUGUUCAUAAAUAG